UUUUAUAUAAUUUAGUGGAGCGGGUGAGCAGAGAAAUAUUUUGCCCCUCUUAAAUCGAGCAAAUCAUGUUCUCCCUCAUUUUGACAAAGUUUUUUCUCACAGUUGGGGAGGGGGCAUCCUAUCCAGCCAAAUAGGGAACUACACACUUGUUCCAAUGUUAAGUACGUCUGGGUCAGUGAAAGCCUAGGCAGGUAUCGCAUUGCCGCAAAGUCUUUGCUCGGUCAGGGUGUACUUUCCUACCUAACAUUAGGAAAAAUCAUUGUACACCAUUCGUCAUGUUUAAGGCAGGACAUAUCAUAAAUAAUCACAAAACAGGUAGAUUUAUGCUCUUACCCAGAAUUUUUUUAUAAUAAUGAUGGCGAGCUCCCGAACGCCGCACAUGCACGGCAGCCAUUUGGAUGACCCGUUUUAUGAUUAAGUAUGAUAUGUUCUGCCUUAGAAGCAAUGAUUGAUGUACAAUGCUCUUUUUAACAUGAGGUAGCAAUGUAUACCCUGACCAGGAAGCACUUUUUUAGGAAAAUAGAAAGUUUAAGAAUUGCAAGCAGCCAAUUUCUAAUGGUCAUUGGCAAUCACUGAGACCAGCUUAAGCAUGGUGUUUACUGCCAUCCUCUUUCAAAGAAUGUCCUUUAGUGCCAGCUGUGAAUGCAUCACUAAUUCACUUGGGUUAUUUUGUUCUCACUACAAGCUGUGAUUUUAAUAUUUUUGUUCUCUCCCCCAAGAGCCAAAACCAAAUUUCAGGUACUGUCUGCACCACGUUAUCUUGAGAAGGUCCUGGUAGGUGGAGUAUCAGGCACCAGUACCUGAUGUAGCCAACAUACAUCCAGAACUAUAACUGAAUAAUGUUCCAACAUUUUGGAGGCAUGGUCUACAUUUACAUACACCUAUACCAUGUUUAGAUACCUGCCUUAAUUUGGCACCUUGCAAUAGGCAAUUUGACGAUCCUUCAGAUUGAUACACAUAUACCUAAAGCAAAUGUACCCCCAGCAAACAUAAUACAGCAUUUGGAAAAGUUCCCUCUAAAAGACAUGCUGCUGGUUGAAAAGUUAAAGCACAGCCCAUCAUUAAAUUAUGUAAUUAGACAACACAAACUACUGAUUCAUACCUAGGGAAUAGGAACUGUAUCUGCUUUCUGACAGCAUCAUCUGUUUGAUUAAGUUCUAACAGGCAUUAGAAAAUGCAUGGAUUCAUUCGCCGUCACCAAAUUUAGAAGUUUAUCAUUCUUUAAACACGUGUGAUGUGAUUCCGCAUCAAAAUAAGAUACAUUGUAACAUUAUAAGAAGCACCAUAAGCAUGUUUGAAAGUUCUGCAGGCACUUAAAGGCAUGGAAAAGCCUGCUGUGGAUGAUGAGAAACAAUUAUAUCACUUAAGUUGAUCACCCAACCUGAACGUCCCACCCUCGCUAACCACUGUAUGACAUCACCCACCGAUGGCCCGCAUCUCACCAUGCGAAGGAUUUGAGCAUCAUGUGUAAUUAUAAGAAGGUAUGUGUCUGCUUUUUCAGUUUGAAAACAUGAUGGCAUUAAGUACAAAACUCUGGUUGUUUCUGUAAGAAUGUCAGAUUGUAACUUGAAAUUUGAUUAGUAGCGGGACAUAAAAAGGUAAUUAUGGUGCUUAUACUGAGAACAGUACAAUUUCUUGUUACACUUUUCCUUAAAUAAUGAACAAAUUUGGUAAAUGGCUGUUCAAAUUCUACAUCUUUUGCACAUGUGGCCAUACUUGGUAGGACCCUCAGAAUCUUUGGCUUACUUUGGAAGCUUUCUGUACCUUUGUUGUUGUUUUCUUGCAUCAUGGAAGAUACCAGAUAUGUUGCUUUCUUGACAGAAUAUGACACUUUUGGUACAUAAUUGGACAAGACCUCCCAGUCAGUCCUCUGCUGGCCCAUGUUGCAUUUGGGUGGAAGGUUUUUUCUGUGUUUUGUCAGAAUUUUGGAUACAUCAUGCAGUUUGUUUCCUCUGAAAAAUAUGUGUGGCAUCAGCAAUUGGUUUGUUUGUGAUUCAUGGUAGUAUUAAUGAGAGGAUGGCUCACUUUGGAGCCUGCUUUGGCACAGGCUCAUCCCUGUCCCUUCUUUGAAAACUGCAGUUGCAUGCUUCCAUUCAGAACAUUGAGCACUUUACAAGACUUUGAGGCUGUGCAAACUUAUUCUGGGAAAUAUAAGUUGGACUGUGUGGAUGUUUGCCUUCAAAAGAACUGAUGUCUUGUGUCCAGGGGCCAGAUUUCAAAAAUCACAUGUUUCUCAUGCCCACACACAUUCCCACAGAUGAUGAUUGUUUAAAGCAAAUUUUGAGCAAAAUGAUUCAAAAUAUUUUGAUGCAAAAAUAAUUUUAACCAUACCACCCUAAUGUAACAAAGAUAACAUCAGCUCAGUUUGGCCUAGCUGAAUUCAACAUGUGAGAGAGCAAAGUCAAAAUGCAGGCUGUGUAGGCAUUUGCGGAGUAAAUUCUUUUGCGAACUAUUGGUCGUGCAAAGUGGGUUGGGAGGGUUCAGCAGUAAAAAAUGAUGCUCUGUACCAACAAGAUAAGCCAACAGACUGACUGUUCUCCAUAUUUUGCCCACUUUCUUUCCAAGUUUGAGGUGGGGGCUGGAAACACUGUUUAGGAAACAGUGCCCUCUUGGUAGCAGUGUCUAACCUACAAUCAGUUCACCUUGACAGCAUUGCAAUUUAUAGAAGAUGCCAUAUUAAUCCAAACAUUUUAUUGUUUAUUAAUCCAGAUCAUCAAAAAAGAUACAUUACAGCUCGCAGUGAUAUCCCAGCAAGAAUUUCAAUAUACGUACAGCAGUAAUUUCAGAGCCUUGAGUCCGGCACAUGUUAGCCACUCAUUUUAAUGCAUGUAGAUCAAGCAUGAUAAUACAAAUUUUAACAUACUUUGUCUUGGCUUGAGAUUGGCAUAUGUGCGCCAUAGGUUUAGUGCACCAAUGUCAUAAGCAUUCAGUGCUGUGGAUGAAUUCUUUGCAGACAUGCCAAGAAGCAAUCAACAGUUUCAUCCAUGUACCCAUCUAACAUGAAACCAGGCAUAUUGGCCCUGUAUUUGUUGUUCAUGUUUUUAACAUCACAAUUGCAUGUUUGCUGUGUUAUCCUGAAGAACAAAGGUCUAUCUGCUUGCUGUAUUAGGUACAUGGGCUGAUAUUGAGAUAUUUAGCCAUUUAACUGUUCCAGUGUAACAAACAUUAAUUAGUUUCUAAAAGUAAGUGGUAACCACCAUCUUAUGGUGCAUAGGAGCACCACAAGUGAGUGCCUGAGACUACUUGAAGUCACUGUUGCACUGGCUUACUCUCCACUGCACUCAACCACAGUACAUUGUCAAGUGUCAAGCCUUCAAGUUUUGUUUUGCGACAGACAUUACUGCCUCAUUCCUGGUGUCAAAUUGAGUGCAUCAUAGUUCCUUAUUAUUACUGUAAUGUUACUGGUCCAUUGCUUGCUAAAUAUGUUGUUUGACUCAUUUGUUAUCAUUAGCUUUGUGUGGGUGUAACCUCCAUGCAUUUAUCAGUUAUUUUGGCAGAUGCAUCCUAAGCUCACAUCAACCAAGACAGUUUUAUUUGUUGUUGCUGGAGAGCAUGGUGAGGAGCAUCAGCCAUUGCACACCUGAUAACUGCCGGUACCUGGGGGAGUCCUCUGAGUCACCUCUGCAAGAGGAGACAGAAACAAAAAAGACAAUGUGCCAACAUGUGGGCAAAAGUGUCAGCCUGGCGGACAUCAAGCGUCAGCUGAAGGCGGGUCGUCGGAUCGGCGUCUGUGACAAGAAGACGUCGUCUGCUUGCACGGCCGCGGGGGAUGAGGAGAAGACGGGCUCUGGUCAGCUGGCGGACGGCGUCUGGUUGUGCCUCCAGUGCGGCCACCAGGGGUGCGCCGGCCACGCCGCACACCACUUCGCCAAGCCCCGCUCCGACUCUCACACGCUGGCCGUCCACACGGAGAGAUGGGGGGCCUGGUGUUUUACCUGUAACAUGACUGUCUCGCUGAAGAGUAACAAGAAGCUUCACGAAGCCGUUCAGUUUAUACGCAGGAAGGAUGGCACAUUGCGUACGUCAGCCUCGUCGCCAAAAGAGGAGGUCACGGGCACCAGGUCUUUCAAGAACGUGGCGGUCAAAGACAAAGCGGCUCAAGAAAAGGGGCGAGAAUCUCUGCCCAAGGUCAAGGGUCUCAUCAACCUGGGCAACUCGUGCUACCUGAACUCGGUGCUGCAGUGCGUCAGCCAGUGCCACUACCUCACCCACUACCUGGACAUCAGCAGCCGGGCGGGCCGCCGCGUCAUGCUGCGGGAGAAGGACGGACGGAGCAUGGAGCUGGUGCUGCCGGAGACGGGGCCGCUGACCGCCUCGCUCUGCCACUUCCUGAAGCAGAUGCACACGGUCGGCAACACGGCCACCGUCUCGCCCAGCGACCUGCUGCGCAAGAUCGCACUCAAAGUGCCGCAGUUCGCGGGCUCGGAUCAGCAGGACGCCCACGAACUGCUGCGCGCGCUGAUGGAGCAGGUGCGGCUGGAGGAGCUGCGGCGUCACCAGCGGCAGAUCAUGCAGGCAUUGGGCCUGCCGACCAAGACGGACCCGAAGACGGUGGAGGCGGACGUGCGCGCGCGGCUGAAGGUCCUCGGUCGCCAGGUGUCGCACACCACCAUCGACUCCAUCUUCAGCGGACAGCUGGUCAGCCUAGUGGUGUGCCAGGCCUGCAUGACCCGGACACACCGGUUCGAGCCAUUCCUCGACCUCUCGCUGCCCGUCGCCGAGGAUAAGCCGAGCCGGCCGCGGAAGUUGUGCGGCAGCGGGGCGGACGACGAAGGCGAGUACGUGCUGACGCCGCGUAGCAAGGAGGCGGCUGCCCGACCGUACAAGCACAGCCAGAAGAAGGAGCGCCGCGCCGCCAAACGCCGCCGCCAACACUGUGCGCCGUCGGUGGGGGACGGGCCGGAGCGGGACCGCAGCGCGCAGCCGGUUGUGGGCUCUGACGCCGGUUCGGACGAAGGUCAGAGCGACGCCGACGAGGAGGACAACGGUGACACGGACCUGGCCAUCGACAGCCUGCUGGUGGACCUAGAGCUGGCACCGGCCGCUGCUGCACCGCCGUCUACCGCCGCCGGCUACGCGGCCGACGGUCGACGGACGCUGCGCGCCGGCGCUCGCCCGGAGUCGGUGCUGGCGUCGAGCGCGCUCUGCGAGGAGAUGGCGCGUCUCAGCCUGGGCGAUGACGAUCCCUCGGCGCCGCGGGACUCGGCGAGGCCGCCCCCGGUGGACGGGCCCGAUCUCUCGGCGCCGCGGAACUCGGCGGAGCCGCCCCCAGUGGACGGGCUCGAUCUCUCGGCGCCGCGGGACUCGGCGAGGCCGCCCCCGGUGGACGGGCCCGAUCUCUUGGCGCCGCGGAACUCGGCGGAGCCGCCCCCAGUAGACAGGCUCGAUCUCUCGGCGCCGCGGGACUCGGCGAGGCCGCCCCCGGUGGACGGGCCCGAUCUGCGGCCGGAUGGCACCGGCGCGUCGCCCGCUAAGAACGACCGCCGCCGCGGCUGGGAGGCCUCGGCUGACAGCGGACCGGGGCUGCGGGAGCGUGCUGCAUGGCCCGACAUCGACGGUGCUGACGGUUCGGCGGCGGCCGGAGAUCGGGCGGCGCUGCAGACCAGCCCCUCGGCCGCUGUCCCGGGCGCCGCGGCCGACCUGGACCGUCACCCGGCCUCGGGCGACGGCGUGGCAGCCACGCAGAACGGUUCCGGUGUGUUUACACCGCGGGAGGGGGCAUGUUCGCACGGUCAGACCACUCUGACCAACGGUCAAAAGGGGUCAGACAGCGAGACGGCUUCACCCAACGGCGAUAUCGAACACGAUGAGACGGCGCCGGCGAAUGGCGUCGACCUCGGACCAGACAGUUGGCGAGCUUCGCCGAGUGGAAAAACGGUGGACAGUGAGCCAGCCUCGCCGAACGGCCUGGCGGGGCCGUCUGUCGCCCAGACAGUGCCAGUAAACGGUCAAGCGGGGGACAGCCGGACGGCGUCGCCGACCGCGGACGUCCACGCCGAGCGUUGGCCGGCGGCCCCGAGCGGCGAGGCGCCGCCAGGAGACUGGCCGGCUGGCGCGCUGGACGCCGGCGCAGGUGCUCCUGGCCCGCUGACGCGCCCUGAGUGGCUCAGCCGGGCUCUGAUGACGCUGUCGGCGCGGUACCAGGCGGAGCCCGGCGAGUGCAGCCUGCUCACUUGCCUCAACCAGUACACGGCGCCCGAGCUGCUGGCAGGCAACAACCGGUUCGGCUGCGAGCGCUGUACCGAGCUGCGCAACCGCCGGCUCGCGGCCGGCAAGGCGGGAGAAAACGCAGAGAACGCCCGCGGCGAGGAGUCGGCCGGCGGCACCGUCUACAGCAACGCCAGCAAGCAGCUGCUGGUGUACAGCGUGCCGCCGGUGCUGACCGUGCACCUGAAGCGGUUCGAGGUGUGCAGCUUCAGCCUGCGCAAGGUCAACCGGCACGUGCAGUUCGGUGAGCGGCUGGACCUGGCGCCGUUCUGCUCCUCCAUCUGUCAGGACCUGCCGCAGAUGCGGCCCGGCCAGCGGCGCGUGCUGUACUCGCUGUUCGGCGUGGUGGAGCACAGCGGCCGUCUGAGCAGCGGCCACUACACGGCGUACGUGCGCGUGCGCCGCCGCAGCGAGCGGCUUACGGUCAACCCCGGCCUGCUUACCGAACUCGUGGCCGACGCGUACCAGCUGGCCUGCGCGAGCGCACAGAGCGUGCUGCCCACGCCCAUCUCGUCGCCCGGCCUUGAGCAGGAGCAGCAGGGCCAGGGGCAGGAGCAGGACGGGGGGCAGGGUCAGGAGCAGGGGCUGGAGCCGGAACCGGAGCCGGAGCCGGAACCGGAACCGGAGCCAAAGCCAGAGCCAGAGCCAGAGCCAGAGCCAGAGCCGGGACGCUGGUUCCACGUCAGCGACACGCAUGUGACGGAGGUGACACUGGACAGGGUCCUCAAAAGCCAGGCUUAUGUGCUGUUCUACGAGCGCGUCUUGUAGCGGGUCCGGAGGGCCGCGCUGCGCCAGACCAGGCCAGGCGAGGGCUGUUGUGUUCUGGAGAUGAGGUGCGCGGGCAAUGUCGCGGGCCGGCCGCCCGCCGUCGUCGGCACGCCCGGGCCGUCGGUGCUCUGUUCCAGUGUGGUGGUGUAUCGCCUCACACCGCAGUGUUGAAGGUGGUGUCGAUGGUCAGUCGUGCGCGGCGUGUGAUGUGAUGCCGUUUGAGCUGUUGUACGGCAGUUAGAACAGACUGGGCCCUGGAGGCGGCGCUAUGCCACCGGCUAGAAAUGUCUUCAUCCGCCGUUAAAUUUGUACAGUAGGUGACAAUAUGAAGCUGUAGCUGGUAGCAGGCAUUUAUAUUGGGGCAAUACAGUUAAUAUCAAGCAGCUUA